AUGAAUGAGCCAUGUGCAUCUGAGCAAUGUAAACAUUUGUAUUCAUCAGAUUUAGAUAAUAAGAAAGGACCAGAUAUUCAUUAUAAUAACUUCGAUGAUAAUAAUGGUAUUGAUAAAGAUCUUCAAAUGUAUGAUAAAAGUAUAACUGUUGAAAUAGAAAGUGAUCCGGAAUAUUCUGAUAAGAGAAAUAAAUGUGAUAAGGAAUAUUCCAAACAAAGUACCUUAAGCAUAGAUAAUAAUGAAUCAGAAAGUGUAGAGGGAUAUACUUUGAAAUCUACAAAUGUGUGUAUAGACGACAAGAGCAUUAAUAAUGAGAUAAAGAAAUUAAAACAACCAGAUGAUCUUGUUUUUUAUAAAAAUGAAUUAAUAUUAAAUAAGCGUAUUAGUGACUAUGAAGAGAAUGUAGAAGAUAUGAAUACACUUACUAAAUCUGAUUAUUUUGAAAAUGUGGAAAAUAAAAAAGAAGAAAAUAAUGAGAACAAAAUAGGUAAUGUAUGUUAUUCAAAUUAUACAAAUGAGAAGAAACACUAUGAUAUAUAUGGAAAUAUUAAGGAUACAAAUUUAAAUGAAUUAUAUAAUGAAAAUAAAAAAAUGAACAUAAAAGAUAUAAACAAAGGAGAGAAGAACAAAGUAGUUGAGAAUAAUUUCGUGAACGAUAAAGAAGAUGUAGUAAUAUUGAAUGAAGAGAGGCAAAAAAAUAUUGAUUUUUUAACAGAGAAUUAUGAAGAAAAUUUAGAAAACAAUUUAGAUAUGAAUUGGAAUAAAUCUCAAAUAAAAACAUGCAUAAGAAUUAAACCGUCAGAUAAGGCUGAAUGUGAAUAUGGAAAAGCUAUAACGCAAAUAGGAACAAAUAAAAUAUUAAUAAAUUAUGGAGUGACAGAUGAAAUUCGCAGGAGUGAAUUUUUGAUUGAUAAAGUAUUUAAUGAAGAAAAUACACAAAAUGAUAUUUGGAAAAGUAUUUGUUUUUGUGUUGAUUCACUUUUUCAUUUUAAAAAUACAACUGUAUUUGCUCAUGGACAUACAGGUACUGGUAAAACGUAUACGAUGAUAGGUCCUGAUAUUAUGGAAUUGAUUAAAAAGAAAAAGAAAAAAAUCCGCUUGCCUAUAAGAAGAAUACCACCAAAUGAAUAUUAUCCAAAUAUACCUAGUAUAAAAUUUUUAAAUAAUAAUAGUAGUAAUAAUAAUAGUAAUAAUAUUAUAUAUGAUAGGAAAAGAUCAUGUUCUCAACCUAUAUCUCAUUUAUUACCUAGAACAAUAAUGCCUUUAGUAAGUACCAAUUCUGGUAGUUACAAAAAAGGAAAUGAUACCUCACAUAAUAAUAAUAUAUCAUAUUGUAGAUAUAACAAUAAAAAUAAUAUAGAGUGCUUUAAUGAAACUAGUUAUACAACAAAAUAUGAAAAUUAUAAAACUUUUACAGAGUAUAAAAAUGAAUAUAAAUAUAAUGGAAAAGAUUUAAUGGAGGAAAUACGAUAUGUUUUGAAUUCAAAGAACAAAGGUAUGAUACCUAGAGCUUGUGAAGAAAUAAUGAAUCGAUUAACGUCUAUAAAAUUAUCAUACGAUAAUGUAAGUAAAUUAAAAGAUAAUACACAUAAAGAUAAUACAACAAAUAUAAAUAUGAAGGAUGAAAAAAAGAAAGAGAUUUUUAAAGAUGUGAAGGUAUAUGCUUCUUAUAUGCAAUUAUAUAAUGAUAGAAUUUUUGAUUUAUUAAAUCCUUAUAAUGAAUCAGCACCUUAUUUAAGUACAUUAAAGUCGAAAUAUGUGGGUAAUAGUAAUAACAACAAUUACAAUGUUAGCAAUAGUAAUAGUAAUUGUAAUAAUUACAACUCUGGGAAUGGAUCUUUUGUGUCAGGUUUAUUGACAGUUGAAGUUAAUAGUUGCGAAGAAUUAAUUGAACUUUUAAUAGAUGGAACUAGUAACCGAGCUUGCCGAAUUACAAAAACCAAUGAAAUGUCAACUCGAUCACAUUCAAUAUAUAAAAUCGAAUUAAGAUACACGAAUAAUUCAAAAUUUGAUAAUGUGAAGUCAGGUAAUUUAUUAUUAAUUGAUUUAGCUGGUAAUGAAAAAUAUGCUGCAUCUAAUGAGAAAUUAUAUUCCACAGAAGUGUGUUCUAUCAAUAAAAGUUUAUCUGCAUUAUCAUUAUGUAUAAAUGAAUUAUCAAAAGGUAACAAAAAUAUUAGUUAUCGAAAUUCUCUAUUGACUAGAUUAUUGCAAGAUUCUUUAGGAGGCUCAAGUAAAACAGUAUUUAUUUGUACUAUAUCUUCAUCGAUGAAAAAUGCACGCGAGACCUUAUCUUCUUUAAAAUUGGUAUCGAAGGCAAGGAAAAUUCCAUUAGGCAACAAAAACUAUAAUUCUCAUAUGUAUGAAGAGGAUAUAAAAAAAUUAAAAAGAGAAUUAUAUUUUUUGAAAAAGUUUGUUUUUUUUCAAUAUAUUACCAAUAAGUAUGAGAGUAAAAAAAGGUUACAAAAUAUAAAAGAAUUUUAUUUGUAUAAUUUUAUUAAUUCAAAAAAAGAAGAAAAGGAUAUUAGUGAUAUAAAGAAAGGGGAACAGAUGGAUAGUAUUUUGUAUGAUCAUGAAAAGGAGGAGGUUAAUAAUGAGGAGGAUAAUGAUGAAGUUAAAGUUAAGUUUGACGUGAAUAAAAUUAUGAAUACAUUCAAAGGUAUAGAACAAAUUUACAGCGACUAUGAAUUUAAAUCAUUCAGUUCUUUAUUGGCACAAUGGAAUUUUAAUAAAAGUAGCAUUAAAAAGGCGAAAGAUAAAUUGUGCAAUGUGAACAAAAAAAGGAAAUACUUGUGGUUUUAUAAAAAUGGAAAUAUGAAUAAAAGGAGUAUUUUGAAUUUUAUAGAGACGCACACUAUAGAUUAUGAAAUAGAAGAGGGGGAAGAAGAUGUGGAUGAAGAGGGGGAAGAGGAUGUGGAUGAAGAGGGGGAAGAAGAUGUGGAUGAAGAAGGGGAAGAGAAUGUGGAUGAAGAGGGGGAAGAGAAUGUGGAUGAAGAUGUGGAUGAGGAUAUGAAGGAAGAUUUAAGGGAAAUGAAAAAGGAACUUCAAACAGAACUCAAAAAUGAUGAUAAAAACUUAAAAGUGAUGAGCAGUGUAAAUGAUGAGAAUGAUGAAUAUGAUGAGUAUGAUGAAUAUGAUAAAUGUGAUCAAUAUGACAAAUUUUCUGAUGAGCAUCCUUAUUAUUAUCAAGAUGACGCUGAAGAAGAUAACAUAAAUCAGGAUAUGAAUGAAGAAGAAAAUAUGAAGAAUGAUAUAAAUUAUGAUAAUAAACAGACGGUUAAUGAUUAUAGUGAUACAAAAGUUUAUAAUAACAUUAAUAAUAAAAAUGAUGAAAUUAUAAAUGUAGGGAAUAAGGAUGAUGUUGAUACAAUGAGGGAUACAUACAAGUAUAUGAAAAAUGAAUAUUUUGAUUUACUUCAAAAUGAUACUAAAAAUUUAAAACAAAAGAAAGAGGAGCAGGAGGAGGAUGAUGAUAAAAAUAAGAAAGAAAAAAUAAGUGAAGAUUUGAUGAAAUGUAUGAAUGUAGGAGAAAGAAAGGAAAGUAUUAAGAACAUCAAAAAGGAAUAUGAUAUGCCUUUGAGUAGUAUUAAGUAUGAUUGCAAAUUAUUAGAUAAAGAAAAGAAAUUAAUAAAUUCAAAUAAAAUAAAAAAAAUUAAUGAUGGUGAUAAAAUAAAAUCAAGUACAUGCUUGAAUGGAGAAAAAGAAAAAAAUGAAAAAACAAAUAAGAAUAAUAAUAGUGUGGAUAAUGAAAAGUUCUACAUAUCAGAUUUCACUAAUCUUAGUAGUAGGAAGAAUUCUAUAAAUAAUGUUGGAAUAAAUAAUUUGGUCAUUAAUAAGAUAAAUAAUUUUCAUCAUAUAAAAGGAUAUACAUGUGAUAAAAUGAGUAAUAAAAAAGAGGUGAAUGAUAAUAAUAAAAUUAUGUGUGAAUUGUUAAGAGAGGAUAGUAAGUAUCGUAAAUGUGGAAAUAAUAAAUAUUAUGAUGAUAAACAGAUUUAUGUUUAUGACAAUGCAUAUAAUUUGCUAGAUAGAGAAAGGUCGGUAAGCGAAAAUUUUUCUUAUAGUAACUUGAAAAACAAAACAAUCAUUGGAAAAAAUUUUAAGGAUAAGUUUUCUUAUUAUAUUGAAUUUGAUAAAUAUAAUAGUGAUAAUCAUAAAAAUUAUGAUAUAAUUAAAAAUUGUGCAAAUGGUGAUAAAAUGAUAAGAGAUACAAGAAGAGAUGAAGAGACUUAUGUUCCUGAUAGUAAUAAUUUUUCAGUACGUUCUGAACGAUUGAAAGACUUGAGGAAUGAUAAAAAAGAUGGAACACAAAUAUAUGUGAAGAAAAAGGUGACUAAGAACCAACUUAUAAAUGAAAUUGAAAAGAGCUGGUUAACAUUUGAAAAGAAAUUAGAAAAUAAAUUAAAUGUGAAAAAAAAGUAUAUAAUAAAAGAAACAGAUGAAGGGAGGAAAAUAAAUGAUGAUGUAAAUAAUGGUAUGGAUAAUAUUAGUGCAUUAGAAGAAAAUAGGAAAAAGCUGGAACAUUUGAAAAAUAGAUAUGGACAAAUGUUGAGGGGUUCACAAAACAAAAAGAAUGAUAUUAACAAAGAGUUAUGUUAUAAUAAAAUGAAUAUUGAUUUAAAUGACAGUGAUAAAUUUAAAGGGGAUAAAUAUAAAAGGGAUAAAUAUAAAAGUGAUAAAUAUAAAAGGGAUAUACAUUAUAGAGGAGAAUAUAAUAAUGAUAUAUAUACUAAUAAGAACUAUCCACAUCUUGAUAAAAAUGAUUAUAAUACUACUCAUCAUAAUCAUAACGAAGUAGAUAGUAGUUUGAACAAGUUUUAUUAUGUAAACGUAGAAAAGAAAGACACAGAUAUUUUUCAUUUAUUACAUAAGGUAUAUAAUAAAAGUAGAAAGGACCAAGAAAUAUAUGAUAUGAAAGAAGAGAAUAAUAAUAUAAAUAUAUCACAUAAUGUAGUACAUAAUAAUGUGAAUACAAGUAUGGAAAAUUAUUAUAGGAACUUUUUAAAAUCUGAUAAAGUGAAUCAAAAUGAACAAACAGAAAUAGCAUAUUGUACGAAUCCUUAUGUAAGUACUAAGAUGCAUAAGAUGAAUUUUUUUUAUCUAAAUGACAGUAAAAAUAUAAUUCCUUCCAAAAAUGGGGAUACAAAAAAAAAAAAAUGUGUUCAAAAGAAGGAUUAUUUGUUAGUAGAUGAGAAUAAAAGGAAUAAUUAUGUGAAUAAUUUGGUUCCUUACAACCACUUGGUUAGUACGAAUGAUAGCACAAGAAAGAUGUAUCACAUUAGUGAUGUAAAUGAGAGAUAUCAACCAAGGGGAGAGAUUCAUUACAUAAUAUCCAAUGAACAUAAUAAUAUGAGUAAUAAGAAGAGUAAUAUUAUUUAUGGAGAUAAUAUAAUUUCAAAUGAUAUUCACGAUACAGGUGUAUUAGUAUCACCAGCUCAGCAUAGUCACAAUAGAACCAGUGCUUUUAUUUGUAUGCCAAAAUAUGGAUCGAUUAGGAAGUAUGUAUAA